CACGAAGCGCCAUCUAUUCGCGCUAAAAUUUGUCGUCCAUGAUAAUGGCGUACUCUUGGAUGACUUUGUUUACAUUUUGACUUCUACGCAAAAAUACUAGCUGCGAUUGCAGAUAAUCUCAUAUUCGGUUGCUUCCUACCACUACAAUUAAAAUGCCUGGAUACCUCAAAUACAUUGAAGCGGAUAAUUUCAAGUCCUAUAAGGGGUUACAACGCAUCGGCCCCUUCAAGCGGUUUAGUGCAAUCAUUGGACCAAAUGGGUCAGGCAAAUCCAACUUGAUGGAUGCCAUCAGUUUUGUGCUUGGAGAAAAAACAUCCAAUCUGAGAGUCAAACGGCUUGGGGAUCUAAUCCAUGGUGCUCCAAUUGGUCAGCCGGCAUCAAACCGUGCUAGUGUGAUGGCAGUGUACUAUGACCCAGAAUCGGAUAAGGAGACCAGCUUCACAAGAAUUAUACAUGGGAACUCCUCCGAUCACAAAAUCAAUGGGAAGACUGUGUCCAUUCCAGGUGUCCGCCAAGAGUAUGCUACGGCACUGGGGAAGAUUGGCGUGUUGGUAAAGUCCAAAAACUUCCUGGUGUUCCAGGGAACUGUAGAGAGUAUUGCCAUGAAGAACGCAAAGGAGAGAACACAGAUGUUUGAGGAAAUAAGCAGGUCUGGGGAGUUAAAGGAGGAUUAUGACAGAGCCAAGGCUGAAAUGUUGAAGGCUGAGGAAGAUACGCAGUUCAACUACCACAAGAAGAAGGGGAUUGCAGCAGAGAAGAAGGAAGCCAAGAUGGAGAAGGAUGAAGCUGAAAGAUACCAGAGAUUGAAGGACCAGUUGGUUGAGAAACAGCUGGAACUUCAGCUCUUCAAGUUGUACCAUAAUGAAAGAGACAUCGAUGAAAUAUCCGAUGAGUUGAACAAGAAGACACAUGCUCUUGAGAAGGAACCGAAGCGUGAUCGAAUCGAUGAUGAAGUCAAGGAAAAGAAGAAAGAACAGGGGAAACUCAGCCGAGAGCUCACCAAGAUUGACCAACAGAUGAAGGAAUCAGAAGUUGAGCUGAACAAGAAACGUCCCCAGUAUAUCAAGUCCAAGGAAAAGACAGCUCACAUGAUCAAGAAACUGGAAGGAGCAAAGAAGUCUCUCAAGUCUGCUAGAAAGACUCAUGACAACCAUGAACAGGAGAUCAAUGCACUGGAAGAAGAGCUAAAUGAUAUAGAGAAGAAGAAACAAGAAUUCGAAGAUCAAAUCCUUGAAGAAUCUCAGUCUCAAGGGAGAUCACUCCAGCUAGAAGAUGCACAGGUCAGUGAGUACCACCGUCUGAAGGAGGAGGCAGGGAAGAGAGCUGCACGAGCUAUGCAAGAGCUGGAGUCCAUCAACAGAGAACAGAAGUCGGACCAGGACAAGUAUGACAACGAGGUCCGGAGUAAGAACGAGAUGGAGUCCCAGAUCAAGCAGAAGGAGCAGGAGAUGGAGGAGAACAGGAAGAGGGUGGACAAGCUCUCCGAAUACAUCAGAACCAGCACCCAGGCUGUGGCCGAGCAGCGCCGCGUGGAGCAGGAGCUGUCUGAGGAAGUUGAUGGUGCUAACAUCCGUAUUGCUGAGAUCAAUGAUGACUUAGCACAGAUCAUGCAGGAACUGGGAGAGGCGAAGGUGGAUAAACACGAGUCUGCCCGAGCCAUCAAGAAGGCAGAGCUGAAGGAGAAUCUCAAACGUCUGUUUCCGGGAGUGCAUGGGCGACUGAUUGAUCUCUGUGAACCGAGUCACAAGAAGUACCAAGUGGCCAUCACUAAGGUGCUGGGAAAGUACAUGGACGCCAUUGUGUGUGACACAGAGAAGACGGCCAAGGACUGUAUCCAGUACAUGAAAGAGCAGCGUAUCGACCCUGAAACAUUCCUGCCCCUCGACUAUUUGGAUGUCAAACCUGUCAAUGAGAAACUCAGAGAUAUUCGUGAACCGAAGAAUGUGAAGCUGAUCAUCGAUGUGAUCCGGUUUGACCCACCGGCUAUUAAGAAGGCCCUUCAGUUUGCCUGUGGAAAUGCUCUGGUUGCUGAGACAGUAGAUGAUGCUAGGAGAGUGGCCUUCGGAGGACAGGAGAGACACAAGUCUGUGGCAUUGGAUGGAACACUGUUUCAGAAGUCGGGUAUCAUCUCUGGUGGUGCAAGUGACCUGCGAGCCAAGGCUCGGCGAUGGGAUGAAAAAAUGCUGAAUCAGCUGAAGUCUCGCAAGGAGAAGCUGUCUGAGGAGCUGAAGGAGCACAUCAAGAGGAAGAGGAAGGAAUCUGAGCUGAACACCAUCAGGUCCCAGAUCAAGGGCCUGGAGACCAGGCUGAAGUACUCCAUCACCGACAGGGACAACACGCAAACUAAACUGUUGCAACAUAUUGAGAAGGAUCUGGCAAAAGUUCAGCAAAAUCUGCAAGGCUUUGAUGUUCGUAUGUCAGAGAUCGAUCGCAGGAUGAGUGAGCGAGGAGAUCACAUAAAGCAGCUGAAGGACAAGAUGAACCGAGUGGAGGAUGAAGUGUUUGCUGUUUUCUGUCAGCAGAUUGGAGUUGCCAAUAUCAGACAAUACGAGGAGCGCGAACUGAGAGUACAGCAGGACCGAGCCAAGAAGAAGCUUGAGUUUGAAAACCAGCGUUUCCGGCUGACCAAUCAGAUUGACUUUGAGAGGUCCAGAGACACAUGGGAGAAUGUGCUGAAGUGGGAGAAGACGGUGCAGCAGGACGAGAAGGAGCUUGAUAAGGUCAAGAAUGAAGAGAACAAACACAUGAAGGUUAUUGAUGAAGAGAUGCAGAACAUGGAGCGGUUGAAGCAGCAGCGCCUUACGGUGAAGUCGGAGGUGGAUGACAUCGAGGGUGUUGUUUCUGACAUUAAGAAACGCAUGGCCAACCAAAACAAGGAGAUCAACACAGUCCAGAAGGCUAUCACUGUGAUGGAGACAAAGCUGGAACAGAAGAGAGCUGACCGACACAGUCUUCUCAAGUCCUGCAAGAUGGAUGCAGUCCGUAUUCCAAUGCGACGUGGAACGAUGGAUGAUAUCAGCCAGGAGAAUGACCCAUCCAGUCAGCCCGACAGAAGCCAGGAUACGGCCACAGACAGCAACAGUAGUCGGGGUGCCAGGGCAAUAUACGAGAGAGAGGCUCAAAUAGAGAUCGACUACUCUCAGCUUGAUGAUGAGCAUAAAGAGCUUGAUCAUCCUGACGAAGUCAAAAAAGGCUUAGAGCAGUUAACAAAAGCAUGUUCAGAUAUGAAUGCAACGCUACAGCGAAUCAAUGCUCCCAAUAUGAAAGCUAUGGAAAAGUUAGAUGGUGUCAAGGAAAGAUUAGUUUUAACGUCAGAAGAAUUUGAAAAUGCUAGAAAACGUGCAAAGAAGGCGAAACAAGUAUUUGAAAAAAUUCGUAAAGAGCGAUACGACCGAUUCAUGACAUGUUUUGAUCAUGUGGCCACAAGAAUAGAUGAAAUCUACAAGCCCCGGAAUCAGAGUGCCCAGGCUUUCCUUGGUCCGGAGAACCCAGAAGAACCCUACCUUGAUGGCAUCAACUACAACUGUGUCGCUCCAGGCAAACGUUUCCGACCCAUGGACAACCUGUCUGGUGGAGAGAAAACUGUUGCUGCCCUCGCUCUGCUCUUUGCAAUUCACAGCUUCCAGCCUGCCCCAUUCUUUGUUCUGGAUGAGAUUGAUGCUGCCUUAGACAACACUAACAUUGGCAAGGUUGCAGCAUACAUCCAGGAGCAGUCCGAGACACACUUCCAGUGCAUCGUCAUCUCCCUAAAGGAAGAGUUCUACAACCGAGCUGAUGCCCUCAUCGGCAUAUACCCAGUGCAAGGGGACUGUGUUAUCAGUAACGUGCUGACCCUUGACCUGACAGAGUACCCUGACCCAUACAAAAACGAAGAAGAGGACCAGCGAUUUGUCCGAUGAAGAUUUCUGUUUCAAAAGUGCUUGCAUAGUAUCAUUCACAGUUUCAUCAUUCUCAUAUCAGAACUGAUUCAAGUAUUGGACUCAUAUUUUCAUUUGUAUAUAAAACACAUUCACCGAUGUCAACUUAGAUACUAUUUUUAGCAGUAUAACUGCUCAAAAUGCAUUUAUUGUCUCAUUAGGUAUAUUCAUAACUCAUGAUAUCAGGAAAUAUGAACGUAUUUUUGUGCGAAAAUUUUCUAGAAUUGCUAAAUUAAAAUGACCUGAAAAGAUAUGAAAAGAUUUCUACAAACAAAUCAAUGAUCUUCACAAGGUUAAACUGGUGAAAGUUCCAAGACAUUUCAGAGGUAUAUUAAUCAAUAUUGUUUUCUGAUAGCAGAUAUAUGGAAUUCUGUUUCCAUAAAGGAAGAUUUUGUAAAGAUGGGCAAGACACAUUUACAGGAGUUUUAUCAUGGUGACCUAUUCAUAUACAUGGUAGAAUGUUUAUCCCUGUUACUUUAAACUGUAUGAGUUUUAGCUAAUAACAUAAGUAGAGAUUGUUAAGAUUAACAUAGAACAGGAAAAUAGGACAAAUUCCUGUGAAGACAGUUAUAUAUUUAAGAAAUAAUCAGGAAAUUUGUAGAAUUUCUCACAAUGCUAUAAUUAUCUUAAUUUCCUUUGCUUACAGUGUUCUUAUUUAUUUUCUUGAUCUACUUCGAGCUGUGUUGAAGAUAGUGAUCAAAGAUGUGUUCAUGUGAGCCUGGUGUAUUUUCACAGUGAUUCCUCAUUGACUUUGUCUGUUGACAUUUACAUUGUAGUUAAGUAUACUAAUUCUGUGUUUACAUGGUCUGAUCAUAUUUUUAUCUCAGUUAUAUGCCCAGUACAACAAAAUUGCUUGGCAUAAAAAUCAUUAUUGUGACGUGUUUCAUUAAAUUGUAUAUGUGAA